CUGUUAGAUGGAUCACAAAAGCUUUUGCCAAAAGAGGAGCUUAUUAGAAGAUUUGAGCAGGAAGGAAUCUCCCUGGAUCGUCCUGUUGUUACCUCUUGUGGUACUGGUGUUACUGCAUGCAUACUUUCUCUUGGUCUCCAUCGGCUAGGAAAGGCUGAUGUGCCUGUAUAUGAUGGAUCUUGGACGGAAUGGGGAUCCCAUCCUGACACUCCUGUCAGCACUACUUGAAUUACUCCUCCAAUGGUUACCUGCAGAGUCUGAUCUAAAUCACAGAGCUCGAAAUCUGAUUUCCAUAAACAGUCAACUCUGAAUGGUGAGCUGCAUAAUCCCAUGUCUAAAACACAUGUGCAUAAUCUUUUUUAUCCUAAAUAUGCUGAAUAUCUCAAAACCUGAACAGAAUUUUAGAUAUAUUCGGUGUGUAUUAGCUCUGCGGAACUUAGUAAGAAUAUUUAUUUCAAAUUGGCAGAUAGCAAUCAUUUUGGAAUUUUUCUAUGGUUCUGUUGGUUUGUUUUUAAGUCGAGGAUGGUAAUCACUCAACGAGUCACUCCUUUUAGGGAAAGGGAAACACAGCAAAAUAAGUUUCAAAAUCUAACUAGUUUGUUAUGUGGUUGUGAAGUGAAUUGAUACAGAAUGAUAAUAUGUGGCGUAGCAUCUACUUGUGCUUUA